AUGACGUCGCCUGCUCCGCCGCAACCUGUUGAGUUACCAGAGAGACCAUGGCAGAAACUUGCCAUUGAUAUUGUUGGUCCCCUGGAGAGGGCGCCUCCAGAUUGCAGAUUUGUCCUGACACUAGUGGACUACUUCUCAAAAUGGCCAGAAGUACAGUUUUCAAGAGAAGUUUCUACAAGCACCAUGACCGAAUUCCUGCUUAAUGUAUUGGCACGAAGAGGAUAUCCUGAAGAGAUACUUUGUGAUAAUGGGCCCAAGUUGAUGUUCAAAGAAUUUGUCAACUUCUUACAUGAACAAGUGAUCCGUCUGUCGCAUUCAUCUGUCUAUUACCCACAGGGAAACGUACAGAUCGAGCGGUUCAAUGGCACGUUCAAUACUUACCUCCAAUUGGCCCGUAUGAAACAACGUCCACUGCGAACGGUUGUACGGGAUUAUAUUGCCGCAUACAGGUGA